AUGUAAUGUGAAAUUUUGGAUUGGAAAGGUUAUUUGGUUUAGGCAAGCUUGGGAGUGCUUUCAUUUACAGUAUUAAUAAUCAAAAGAUAUUUUGAAAGACCGAAAAGAGUUUGGAAAAUAUUUUUAAUGGACUCCUCUAAACAAUUGCUAUCAGCACUUUUAGCUCAUAUUUUGAAUGUGAUAUUAGCAACUGAAUUAUCUGCAGAAACAGAUGAGAAUGCUUGCAUCUGGUAUUUUAUAACAUUUAUGUUGGAUUCAACAUUGGGUGUACUAUUAAUCUUUUUGCUCAUGAAAUCAUUAAAUAUGAUAUUUAAUUAUUUCGAUAUGAGAAAAUUACAGAGUGGUAAUUAUUUCAAAAUCUAAGAAAAAGUAAGAAUUGAUUGGCAAAUGUAUGCAUGUCAAUUAUUUGUAUGGAAUUCAGUUGUAAUAGUGUCUAAAUUUAUAUUAUUUGGAUUUCAAGAACUAGUUGCUGAUUAAUUGAAUGAGGCAGGAUCCUUUCUUUUGUCUCCCAUAACCAAUCCUGAAUUGCUUUUAGUUAGUGUUAUGAUCAUUAUUCCAUUUAUUAUGAAUGCAAUAACAUUCUGGAUCCAAGAUAAUAUAAUAAAGAAAACUGAUUUUAGCAAUCAAGAAGAGAAAUAAUUAUUAAUUGGAACAUUUUAUGAGGGAGGAUUAACAGAGUAGUUUACAUAAGAAUUAGCUGUUUUAUGA